AUGGCCACAGACGACAAGUCUUCACCCAUACUGGAAUCUGCCAGCGAGCUGCCCAGGUCUCCAAGUAGUCCAUCCCAUCUUACUCAUUUUAAACCUUUGACUCCAGAUCAAGAUGAGCCACCCUUCAAAUCUGCCUAUAGUUCUUUUGUAAAUUUGUUCCGGUUCAGCAAAGAUGAGGUCAGAGUGGUCUCUCCUGCUGAAAGGACGGAGUCUGGUCCUGGGGACCCAGCAAUUAGAAACACAUGGUCUAGUCCUCAUCACUCACCAAUAUCACAGCCUGUCAAGUUUCCAGUGCAGUACAAGAAGCAGUUACUUGGAGAUAGGAGGUCUUCAACCAGCUCAGAGACCAGAAGAAAAGCAGAACCACCCCUGGGUCACGAUCCUCGCACUGCAGUACAGCUCCGCAGUCUAAGCACUGUUGUCAAACGCUUAAAAGAAAUUAUGGAAGGAAAGAGCCAGGACAGCGACUUAAAGCAGUACUGGAUGCCCGAUAGCCAGUGCAAAGAGUGUUAUGAUUGCAGCGAGAAGUUUACCACUUUCCGUCGGAGGCAUCACUGUCGGCUUUGCGGUCAGAUAUUCUGCAGCCGCUGUUGCAACCAGGAGAUUCCAGGAAAAUUCAUGGGUUAUACAGGUGAUCUUCGGGCUUGUACCUACUGUUGUAAGAUUGCCGUAAACUAUGCACACUCCACGGAGAGCCAUGUCAUUGGAGAAGACCUGAAUACAUUGUCAGAUUCCUCCUGUUCUAUUUCUUUAUUGGAUCCUGGAGAACCUCGCACACCAGUGGGAGGAAGAAAGUUUAGUCGUAAUAUAUUUUUAGAGGAAGAUCUUGCCUGGCAAAGCCUUGUGCACCAGGAUUCUAGUAAACCGCUGACUGCACGUCUUGCUUCAGUUCAAGAAGAUCCUGGAAAGUCACCUGCGAGGAAUCGGUCUGCCAGUAUUACUAAUUUAUCACUGGAUCGUUCUGGAUCCCCCAUGGUGCCAGCCUAUGAAAGUUCUGUCAGCCCCCAAGCCUCCCGGACAUACCUAAAGAAUGACACCAAUGAAGAGGAGAGGAAAAUACUACUGGAUUCCGUGCAGCUGAGGGAAUUAUGGAAAAAGAUUUGUAACAACAACAGUGGCAUGGAGUUCCAGGAUCAUCGUUAUUGGCUAAGAACACACCCCAACUGCAUUGUGGGAAAGGAGCUGGUUAAUUGGCUAAUUAGAAAUGGGCACAUUACAACUCGAGCACAGGCUAUAGCAAUUGGACAAGCUCUUGUGGAUGGUCGAUGGUUAGACUGUGUCACCCACCAUGAUCAGCUUUUUCGUGAUGAAUAUGCCUUAUACAGACCUCUUCAGAGCACCGAAUUUUCCGAGACUCCUUCGCCUGAUAGUGAUUCUGUGAACUCUGUAGAAGGACAUUCUGAGCCAUCAUGGUUUAAGGACAUCAAAUUUGAUGACAGCGACACAGAACAAAUUGCAGAUGAGGGUGAAGAUAAUUUAACUAACUCUGCCAGUCCUAGCAAACGCACAUCAGUCAGCAGCUUCCAGUCUGCUAUGGAUAGUGAUUCGGCCGCUUCCAUCAGCCUCAAUGUGGAGAUGGACAACGUCAACUUCCACAUCAAGAAGCACUCCAAGUACCCCCAUGUACCCCCUCACCCAGCUGACCAGAAAGAGUUUCUUCAGUCUGAAGACGGAGGGCAGCAGGUCAUUUCAAUCAGUGACGCUUUCAUCAAAGAGUCUCUAUUUAAUCGACGAGUGGAAGAGAAAUCUAAAGAUCUACCCUUCACUCCUUUGGGAUGGCACCAUAACACCCUGGAUCAACUAAGAGAAGAAAAUGGUGAAAAACAGGCAAUGGAGAGGCUAUUGUCUGCCAACCACAGUCACAUGAUGUCCCUAUUACAGCAGCUUCUGUAUAAUGAAUCGCUCUCUCUUCCUUGGCGUGACAUCAUAGUGCCACUGGUUUGUCAAGUAGUUCAGACUGUCCGACCCGAUGUCAAGAAUGAUGAUGACAUGGACAUCCGCCAAUUUGUCCACAUCAAAAAAGUUAAUUCCAGGGGGAAAGAAAUCCGAUUCUACGGUGGUGAAUGGAUUUGUUUGCACUAAAAAUAUUGCACAUAAAAAGAUGAAUGCCAGCAUUAAAAGCCCUAAAAUUCUGCUUCUAAAAUGCUCCAUUGAGUAUUUAUAUAGAGAAGAGACAAAAUUUAC